UGGAAAGAUAGAAGAAGUCGGACAAGGAGUUUUGGUUGACAAAAAGGUGAGCCCUCCAUCAUUAUCUUUUCUGUUCGAGUUGUGAUGCUCAUGAUAUUAGAUGUAUCUCAACCUCUCAGACGCUCCAGUUCAAGGCUACAGAUUCCUAGGAUGGUUCUUCAAGUAUCCCAGCGAUGAAGGCCAUCUGGGGCUGGUGAGCAUGGUUUCUGACGACCCUCCAGCGCUCAACUGGAUCUUUGUCGACAAGGACACGCAUGCCGUGACCUUUGGGGGCAAGAAGGACACCAUCGACCACGUCAUAGGACCCUGGGGCUGGACAGCAGAUGAGAAAUUCCUGACACUCAAGGGCGACCAUGAUUCGUUUGUGGCGGUGCGAGGUGAUGAUGGGAAAUGGUCUGUCUACUGGGACCCGGAGGGUGAUAUCGAGGACGAGAUUGAUGAUGAGGAGAGAUGCCAGCCAGUGAGGCUUCGAAGAAGACCGCAACUUGGCAUGGAGAGCAGCUAUGUUAAGAAGUGAUUUACAGC